AUGAAUACGCUUGGUGUCGACCCAGAGAUAGAUCCAUGGCGGACCCACGGCAAUGGUAACCUUGGCAACAACGGCCUUGAGCAGCAUAAUGGGGGUUCUGGCUCACUAGGCGGUCUAGUUUCUGAUCCCUUAUUGGCUAGUAACGGGACAGGAACAACGAGUACUUUUGCAGAUAUCUUGGGGGGCGAUCCGGCACCAAGUGCCACAAAGGAGGAUUUGACUACUCGUCUCUUUGGCAAUGAAUCGUCCGAGAAUGUGUUGCUGAAACCAGAUUCUGUUUGGACGGAUGGUGGUACGACUGCGACGGCAAAGAACGAGGGCACCACGUUGAAUGGGGCGCACGCGGAAGGUGGGAUCUUGGAGCAAACACAAACGAAGGACUCCACUAAUGAGCAAGACUUAGCAGACUGGGUGAGUUCCGUAAGAAAGUCAUACAACCCUUCUAAGACAGACAUAAUCACCAUUGAAGAGAUACCGGAGAGAGAAGGUCUGCUUUUCAAACAUACUAAUUACAAAGUGACACACCUGAUUGUCCUUCCGAACAGCGAACACGCCUCUACGGAUCGCAGCGUGGUUAGGAGGUACUCUGAUUUUGUGUGGCUCCAAGAAGUUUUGCUGAAAAGGUACCCGUUUAGGUUAAUCCCAGAACUGCCGCCAAAGAAAAUUGGCUCACAAAAUCUGGACCCGAUUUUCCUACUACAAAGAAGAAAAGGUCUGGUCACAUUCAUUAACCUCAUAGUCAAUCACCCAGUUUUGGCCAAAGAUGACCUUUUGCUGACGUUUUUGACUGUCCCAACAGAUCUUUCAAACUGGAGAAAACAAACGCGGGACAACUACGACACAACCGACGAGUUUAUGGACCGCAAGAUCGCUCAAAGCUUUAUGAAACUAUGGAAAAAGGACAUCGCGGAACAGUGGAACAGUGCAGCGAACUCGAUCAACCGCACUAUAGAAAUAUGGCACCGCAUUUCUGUACUGAUUCAGAGACAGGAGAAAAGACUAAACUUAAUUAAUCAAGAAAAACUCACCAUGGCAAGACUGAUUAACGAUUUCAGCGAGAUGACUCCAGUUCUCUAUCCGAAGGAGGACAACGAGACAAUUCUAGAUAUCAAUAAUAACUUGUCCAUUAUUCGGCAAAAUGUGACCGAGGCUGAGAAGAUCAAUAAACAGCACAUUAACGGGAGCGUCGUCGAACUACAUCCAAAGCUGAGGAGAUUUAUAGACAUACUUGCCUCCUUGAAGAAUCUUUUUGAAAGAUACAAGAUAAUGGGGACCAAUAACGUGGCACAACUGCAGGGACACAUUGGGAUCAAUAUGGGGAAGCUGGAAGCAAUGAAGGGGAAACCGGACGCCAGCGGCACCGAGUACGACAAGAUACGGCUGUGCAUUCAAAGAGACAAGAGAUCUAUAAUGGAACAGCUAAACAGGGCCUGGCUGAUCAGAGAAUGCAUACUGCACGAAUUCACCAUCUUCCAAGAAUCGCAAUUCUUGAUUAGCACUUGCUUCAAAACAUGGGUCCGCAUCAAUUCGGAUUACACUGCUUUGAACAUGAAUGAAUGGGAAAAAUUGGGGAAUCAAAUUGAGAACAUGCCCACAUCGCGUGAUUAA